AUGUCUACUUCUACUAUAGCUUCUGCUGCUGCUGCAUCUGUUGCCAUUCCAAGCUCCCAAAGAGAGUUCACGUGUGUUGACUUGUCCGACUUUGACAACCGUCGUGAUGAAAUCAUAAAGACACUGAUGGGUGCUGCCACUACCCAGGGCUUCUUUUAUGUUGUAAACCAUGGCAUUGACAUCAAGGAUAUCCGUAGUAUGUUCCAAGCCAGCCACGAUUUCUUUGCUUUAGACGAUAGUAUCAAGGCAAAGUAUCCUAUUGAUGUAAGCAGAAAUGCUGGUUGGGAAAAGUUGGCUCAAAUCAGGCCUUCCACUGGCGUUGCAGACCUCAAAGAGUCCAUACAACUUGGCUUUCAUAACAUGGAGGAUAUCUGGCCUUCUCUUGAAGACGCUUCUACUUUCCGUCCUACUGGUGAAAAGUUCAUGCUCCAAUGCAACGAGGUUUCUACCAAGUUGCUCACUUGUUUAGCCCUUGGUCUCGGCUUUGAAGAGGAUUUCUUUACGAAAUGCCAUGACAUCAAAAAGGAAGACUGUCUCAACACAUUGCGUUGUCUCCACUAUCAUGACAUUACUGGUCAAACCUUCCCUCCUGAAUACUGGCGUGCGGGUGCUCACACCGAUUUCGACACAUUGACCUUGUUGUUUCAACGCCCUGGUGAGAAUGGCCUUGAAGUGUGUCCUGGUCGAGAGGCAUCCACUGAGUUUGGACAUGGAGAUUCAUGGACACCUGUUAACCCACAAGAAGGUGAUAUUGUUUGCAACAUUGGUGAUAUGAUUAUGCGUUGGUCUGAUGAUCAAUUGAAGAGCAACUUCCAUCGUGUUCGUGCACCUGUUGUUGGUGAAUAUCAGGGUCCCCGUUACUCCAUCGCCUACUUUAACCAAGCAAACAAGUCUGCUAUUAUUCAAGGACGUACUCGCUACCCUGAUCCUAUUACCGCCGGCGAAUUCAUCAAGCAAGCUAUGGAAAGAAACUAUCGUGCUCUCCAAGAAUUGAAGGCCAAGAAGGAGGAACUGCCUGUUCAGCCUACUGCCAUCAGCACUAUUGCUGCCUAG